GGAAAUGCCCAGGAGUGUGUGUCACCUGCGCCCGCAACUUGUUGAUUCCCGGGAGCGUCGUCUGCUGGGUCUGGACUUUCUCGCCCCCUUGUCCCCUGGGCGCAGCCCUGGGGAGAUACGGAGACGCCCCGGAGACGCCCCGGCACAGCACUAUCCCGCAACUCCACAGCCAUGAGCAAGUUGGGCAAGUUCUUUAAAGGGGGAGGCUCCUCUAAGACCCGGGCUGCUCCCAGCCCCCAGGAAGCCCUGGCCCGACUUCGGGAGACUGAGGAGAUGCUGGGCAAGAAACAAGAGUACCUGGAGAACCGAAUCCAGAGAGAACUGUCCCUGGCCAAGAAGCACGGCACGCAGAAUAAGCGAGCUGCAUUGCAGGCGCUAAAAAGAAAGAAGAGGUUUGAAAAGCAGCUCACUCAGAUCGACGGCACCCUUUCCACCAUUGAGUUCCAGAGAGAAGCUUUGGAAAACUCCCACACCAACACAGAGGUGUUGAGGAACAUGGGCUUUGCGGCAAAGGCAAUGAAAGCUGUUCAUGAAAACAUGGAUCUGAACAAAAUAGAUGACUUGAUGCAAGACAUCACAGAACAACAGGACAUUGCCCAAGAAAUCUCAGAAGCAUUUUCUCAACGGGUUGGAUUUAACGAUGGCUUUGAUGAGGAUGAGUUGAUGGCAGAACUUGAAGAACUGGAGCAGGAGGAAUUAAACAAGAAGAUGACAAAUAUCCGGCUUCCCAAUGUGCCUUCCUCUUCUCUCCCAGCACAGCCAGAUAGAAGGCCAGCCGCAUCCUCCUUUGCACACCGAUCUCGAGCAGCCUCUUCCAGGAGGGUAGAAGACGAAGACGAUGGUAUCAAGCAGUUGGCAGCUUGGGCUACUUAAUCUAA